AAACCGCCGUUGUCGGAGAGGAUGAAACAAUCCGUCCGGAAUGCUACGACCUGUACUCCGGCGAAACGUAAGAAAUGUUGCUUCAGUAUGUUUCCAGUGGUAAAGAUCAUGAAGAGGUAUAAAUGGCGAACUGAUUUACCCAAUGAUAUCAUUGCUGGUCUGACAGUCGGCAUCAUGCAGCUGCCACAAGGAAUGGCGUACGCCAUGUUGGCUGACCUUCCACCAGUUGUAGGUUUAUACAUGUCAUUUUUCCCGCCUUUAAUCUACUUCCUGUUUGGUACUUCAAAACAAAUAUCACUAGGAACGGUGGCCGUGGUGAGUUUGAUGACAGGAGGAGUGGUAUCGAAGAUGACCACAGCUUGGAAGGCUGGUGGUGGAGGAGCGGAUGCUGAUGAUGAAGGAUACAGUCUUGAAGAAGCUCAGUUCCGGAUAGCUAUUGCUUCUAGUGUUGGCUUCGUCGCUGGCUUGAUUCAGGUUGCCUUGGGUAUCUGUCGAGUUGGUUUUGUUACGACAUACAUGUCCGAUUCGUUAGUUAGUGGUUUUACUACGGGAGCGGCUGUCCAUGUAUUUACUAGUCAGGUUAAAUACGCCUUGGGAAUCAAAAUUCCAAGAUUUGGAGGCCUCUUCCAAAUCAUUAACACGUAUAUCGCCAUCAUUAAGAAUAUAGUGCACACCAAUAUACCGGAGCUAGUGAUAACAUUAAUCUGUAUUGUGAUAUUAUACCUGGUGAAAGUUCAGAUUAAUCAACGCUUUAAGGCUAAGCUGAAAAUUCCUGUUCCUAUUGAACUUGUUGUGGUUAUUCUAGGAACUGUUGCAUCACAUUUUGGUAAUUUCCAUGAAAUCUAUAAUAUACGUGUUGUUGGUUAUAUUCCACGCGGUUUACCAGUUCCCGCUGUACCAAAAUUUGAUCAUGUUAACGAUUAUGGUGUGGAUUGUCUGAUUAUAGCUAUAGUAGGAUUCGCUCAGUCUGUAUCGCUGGCUGCUCUCAUGGCUAAAAAACAUCAUUAUGAUAUCGACUCAAAUAAGGAAUUUAUGGCUUAUGGUUUAGGAUCAUUCUUUGGAUCCUUCUUCUCCUGCUACCCUAUUGCUGCCUCGGUAUCUAGAAGUUCUGUCCAAGACUCUGCUGGUGGUCGCACUCAGGUUGCCAGUAUCUUCUCAGCUUGUCUGGUUCUGAUCGUUAUUCUGUUCUUAGCCCCAUUGUUUGAAGCUUUGCCCAACUGUGUACUAUCAGCUAUCAUCAUAGUAGCGUUACGAAGUUUAUUCUUACAGUUGUUGGAUCUACCAAAACUCUUCGCCGUUUCUCCAUUCGACGUGGCGAUCUGGCUCGUAACAUUCUUAUGUGUGGUUGUAUUACAUGUGGACUAUGGAUUAGGUAUUGGAAUAGUCUUCUCCUUCUUUACUGUGGUCAUCAGAACUCAGAUGGCGUCUGCUAAAGUUCUAGAGAAAGUAUCAGAUGUUGAAGUUUUACAAACAUCAUCUACAUACGAAAAGUCUGAGAAGAUAUCUGGAGUCAGUGUUAUUGGUUUCAACUCUCCACUGUAUUAUGCCAAUGCUGAAUUAUUCGUCAAAAACGUCUACAGAAUUACAGGCGUCAAACCAGAACGAUUCCGAAAAAUUCUGAAAAAAUUG